UGUUGCUCCCAUCAGUCACUUAGGCACAAAAACACAGGAAAAUAACAGGGUGCCGGAUAAAAAAUACAACGGUGGGCCAACAGAGGGUUCCAUUUGCCACCACACCCACCCUGGUAGCCAUGGAAACCAUUAUACCAACAACUCAGCUAACAACUCAGCGAAACCAGUUUCCAGACGUCCUGUUCAUUGUAACAAAGACAAGAUGGAAGAGGAAAAUGCAUUAAGUCUGAAUAUCACGACAGAGUCGGCUCGACUUGUGGAUUCGUUGCUGGAGAGACGCCACUGCACUGUGACGACGGAGCAGCAGGAGGAAGACUCCUCUGACAGUGAGAUGAAGAAUAUUAACUGGGUUGCUUGCAAAGACUUCACAGUCGAAGUGGGGGAAAGGCAGAUUGGAGAGUACAUCCAAACCUGGGAGCUGCAGCCCUGCUGGCUCUACAGUCUGGACUUCCUCUGCUCCACCGAGGAGGAGCAUCAUACCAUCUACCACUACCGGGCCUGCUUCAGUAUCCCGACCUCCCGGAGGCCCAUUCAGGGGACAGCCAGCGUCUAUUUCGUGGUGGACAUAUCUAAAAUCAAACCCCAGACUCUGCCAGUGGAGGUGCGCUUUAUAGUGGAGUCAAACAGGCUGGUGCACACACCCGGGAGGAGCAGGUUCGGGGAGAAGUGGCUGGUGGACGUUAUCGAGAGCAAGACUUUGCUCCGACGAGCGCUGGACCUUUGAACCGAUAACAGUAAACGCUGGUUGACUGUAGCUAGCUAACUACCGUUACCGUUACAUCUAAAGUGACCGUUUUGAGGGACCUCAUAAUAAAUUCAACUCGUCCUCAAGACAGCGAAGCCAUUUAGAUAAUAUGCUUAACCCUUAAAAAAUAGACACCUCAGGACCAUUAAAAGCUAGCUUGUUAGGCUAACAGCUGGCACUAUGUGUUACACGGAGAAAUGUUAGCUUCUGUUAGCCUAACGCAAGCUAACUAAUAGAGAAUAUUUUGUCGCUUUGUCGAAUUUAACGCAAUGUCACAAAAUAUACUAACUUAUUCUUACCAUACAC